AUGCCGGUGUUUAACUGUACAGUGCAAAAUGACCUCCUGUUGAAGUACUACCUGACACCUGCCUACGCCCUGGAGUUUGCCCUGGGUUUCCCCAGCAACCUGCUGGUGGUCCUGGGCUAUGUGUUCUGCCUGCCAGAGUGGAAGAGCACCAAUGUUUACCUGUUCAACCUGGCUGUCUCUGACCUAAUCUUUCUGUGCACGCUGCCACGUCUCUCCUACCUGUACGCCUACUCCCAAUCAGAAGACUGCAACUUCGGCUGCAUCAUCAACCGCUACAUCCUCCACACCAACCUCUACUCCUCCAUCCUUUUCAUGGUGUGGGUCAGCAUGGACCGCUUCCUGCUCAUACGACACCCAUCACGACAUCACUUCCUGUUGACCCAGAGGGCAGCCCUCUGCUUGUCUAUCGUGACCUGGGUGGCAGUUAACAUCCAGGUGGCCCCCCUCAUCUUCUUCAUGGUCCAGGACAUGCAGAAAGAGAACUUGACCUUAUGUCAGGACUUUGGCAGCCUGGGGGAUGUGGAGAACAUGCUGGGAUACAGUCUGGGCCUGACAGUGACUGGAUACCUGCUGCCUCUGCUGGGGCUUGGCCUCUUCUCCUACCACAUCAGCUGGCUCCUCCGUGCCCACGAGGAAGUGAUACAGGGCAGCGGGACAUCGUUCCGCCGGCCCGUACGGGUUGUCACUGCUGUAGCGGCCAUGUUUCUGGUACUGUACCUACCCUAUCAUGUGAUGAGGAAUGUGAGGAUAGCGUCGCGGCAUCCCUGGGCAGGGAUGCAUAGGUGCUCCAUGGUGUAUAUAGAGAGUGUAUACAUCCUGAGCAGGCCAGUGGCGUUCCUUCAUAGUGCUAUUAACCCUGUGUUCUACUUCUUCAUGGGAGACAAGUUCAGAGAGCUCCUAUUGGCCAAGAUCAGAGGCUUGGUGAGAAGGAUAGAACAGAUGAGGGGGUCUGCAAUGUGA